AUGAAGCUCUCUUCGUUCUUCCUCCUUACCUCGGCUCUCUCCGCCUACGCGGCCCCGACUGGCUUUGCCCCCGGCGACUCCGGUUCUCUGGCCGCCCGCCACCCUGACUCCCCCGGCGUCAUCGCUUCUCCUUCACCCACCAUCCGGGCCGGCGCUCGCCGCUCCGUUCCCGUCCGUCGUGAUCCUAGGGCCGUGGUCUUUGAUGAUGGUAGCAAUCUCGAGCCGAGUGUAAUCGGCAAGAGAAAACAUCGUGGCAGUGCCGCUAGCAGUGCCACUGCCGCUAGUACUACUGCUAGUAGUAGUGGAAGUACCGCUAGCAGUGGUACUACAGCUGGUGGUGCUACGGCUGGUGGUGCUACCAAGGGAGGUGCUUCUAAGGGAGCUGAUAAGGGAGGUGCUUCUAAGGGCGGUGCUGCUAAAGGAGGUGCUUCCAAGGGCGGUGCUUCUAAGGGUGGUGCCGCUGCUGGUGGAGGUGGUGCCGCAGCUGGUGGUGCUACUGCUGGUGGAGGUGGUGCUUCCAAGGGUGGUGCUUCUAAGGGUGGUGCCGCUGCUGGUGGAGGUGGUGCCGCAGCUGGUGGUGCUACUGCUGGUGGAGGUGCUGCUUCCAAGGGUGGUGCUUCUAAGGGUGGUGCCGCUGCGGGUGGAGGGGCUGCAGCUGGUGGUGCUACUGCUGGUGGAGGUGCUGCAGCUGGUGGUGCCGCUGCUGGCGGAGGUGCUGCUAAGGGUGGUGCUUCCAAGGGUGGUGCUUCUAAGGGUGGUGCCGCUGCUGGUGGAGGCGGUGCCGCAGCUGGUGGUGCUACUGCUGGUGGAGGUGCUUCCGCUGCUGGUGGAGGUUCUGCUAAAGGAGGUGCUUCGAAGGGAGGUGCCGCCGCCGGCGCCGCUUCCGGUAAGGGAGGUGCCUCUGGUGGUGCCGCUGCUGGUGGAGGUGGUGGUGAUAGUUCUGCUAAGGGUGGUGCUUCGAAGGGAGGUGCCGCAGCUGGUGGUGCUACUGCUGGUGGAGGUGGUGCUGCUAAGGGUGGUGCUUCGAAGGGAGGCGCUUCGAAGGGAGGUGAUUCCAAAGGCGGUGCUUCUAAGGGUGGUGCCGCUGCUGGUGGAGGCGGUGCCGCAGCUGGUGGUGCUACUGCUGGUGGAGGUGCUUCCGCUGCUGGUGGAGGUUCUGCUAAGGGAGGUGCUUCGAAGGGAGGUGCCGCAUCUGGUGGUGGUGCCGCUGGUGGUUCUGCUAAGGGUGGUGCUUCAAAGGGAGGUGCCGCUGCUGGCGGUGGUGCCUCUGGUUCCGCUGGUGGUCCCUAA